CAAACAGAAUUUUUGUGUUUUUGUUUUUCCAAUUACAAAAGUUGUUUGUUGCUUUUUUAGCAACAACACUUAACAUUUAACACUUGAUCGUCAACGCAGCGCGUUACAAAAGCCGGCAACAUAACGGCGCAACUAUUGAACAGUUUCCUCAAGGGUAGUCCCCACCAGGCCACCAUAGAUAUUAUGCAAAAACUCUAUGCGGAGCCGCCGCCCAGCAGUGCGCCCAUCAGCAUGUCCAGCGCUGGCGGCCCGCCCUCGAGUGGCGCUGGCGGUGGCGGCGCCGUGCCCACCAGCAACAACAACCCGAAUCCCACUUCAAAUGGCGGCGGCAGCAUGAGUCCACUCGCGCGCUCCGCCUACACAAUGAACAGCAUGGGAUUGACAGUGGGCGGCAUGUCCAGCGUUUCACCACAAGCUGCGGCUACCUUUGGCUCCAGCGUGCUGGACUCGGCGGCCGCUGUGGCAAGCAUGAGCGGCAGCAUGGGCGCAGCAGCGGCAAUGAACUCGAUGGGCGGCAACUGCAUGACGCCCAGCUCCAUGAGUUAUGCCAGCAUGGGCUCACCUCUGGGCAAUAUGGGCGGCUGCAUGGCCAUGUCAGCGGCCAGCAUGUCGGCGGCGGGUUUGGGUGGCGGUUACGGUUCAAUGCCGCCGGGCACGCGCGAUAUGGAGCCGGGUUCACCCAAUUCAAUGGGCAGACGCGGCGGCGUGGACAAACCGACGACAUACAGACGCAGCUAUACGCAUGCCAAGCCGCCAUAUAGCUACAUCUCGCUCAUCACCAUGGCCAUACAGAACAAUCCGACGCGCAUGCUCACGCUCUCGGAGAUCUAUCAGUUCAUUAUGGAUUUGUUUCCGUUCUAUAGGCAGAACCAGCAGCGCUGGCAAAACAGCAUCAGACACUCACUAAGCUUCAACGAUUGCUUUGUCAAGAUUCCACGCACGCCGGACAAGCCUGGCAAGGGCUCGUUCUGGACGCUGCAUCCGGACUCGGGCAAUAUGUUUGAGAACGGCUGCUAUCUGCGUAGACAGAAGCGCUUCAAGGAUGAGAAGAAGGAGGCCAUACGGCAGCUGCACAAGAGUCCGUCGCACAGCAGUCUGGACGCCACCAGUCCGGGCAAGAAAGAUCACGAGGACUCGCAUCAUAUGCAUCAUCAUCAUCACACCAGCCGGCUGGAGCAUCAUCAGCAUCACAAGGACUCAGCGGGCGGCGGCGUUGCCUUGGCGGGCGUCAAUGUCUUGAGCGCUGCGCAUAGCAAGGAUGCGGAGGCGCUGGCCAUGCUGCAUGCCAAUGCGGAGCUGUGUUUGGGUCAGCAGCCACAACAUGUGCCCACGCAUCAUCACCAGCAUCAUCAUCAGCUGCAGCAGGAGGAGCUGUCGGCCAUGAUGGCCAACCGCUGUCAUCCGUCGCUGAUCAGCGACUACCACUCGUCGAUGCAUCCACUGAAACAGGAGCCCUCCGGCUACACGCCCUCCAGCCAUCCGUUCUCCAUCAAUCGCCUGCUGCCCACAGAGUCCAAGGCGGACAUUAAGAUGUACGACAUGAGCCAGUACGCGGGCUACAAUGCGCUCAGUCCGCUCACCAACUCACACGCUGCCUUAGGCCAGGACUCCUACUACCAGAGUCUCGGUUAUCAUGCGCCCGCCGGCACCACGAGCUUGUGACAUCAUCAGUACCCGCUGGCUUAAGGGCGCGCGGAACAGAUGCUGCGCUUUAGCAGCGGCGGCGGCGGUGGCAGCAGCAGCAGCAGCUCGCAUCAUCAUCAGCAGCAGCAGCUGCAGCAGCAGCACCAGCAGCAGCAGCAACACUUGCAGCAGCAACAGCAGCUACAACAACAGCAGCAGCAACAACAACAACAGCAGCAGCAGACGGCGCAGCAACUGACAUCCGCUACAAAUUCCACAACAACAACAUCAACCAAGUCCAGCAGCAAGCCAGCCGUGGCAGUUAACUAUUCACAGAAGCUGCAACAGCAGCAGCAGCAGCAACAGCAGCAGCAACAACAGCAGCAGUCACAGCAGCAGCAGCAGCAUGAGCAACAAUUGCUGUCGGAGCUGCAGGAAGACUCGUCCAACAUUACCAGCGACCUCAGCGAGGAGCAACUGCAACAUCAGGCCGCACAGCAGCAGCUCUACAACAACUAUCAGCAAUAUGCAGCAGCCGCCAGUUACCGCAACUGGAAUCACAGUCUGACAUUCAACAGCGCUGCCGCAUUGCAGAAUCUGCUGUAGCUAUAGCCCCAGCCACAAGGCACAAGGCGCACCUUUGUCUAGGCCAAUUAGCAGCUAACGGUCAAGGCUUUUAGCACCUCUGGGCGCGCAUCCUUUGAGCUGGACUCUGGCACUUUGUACAUAUGUUAGUUAUACAUCUCUAGCUAUCAUGCUUAGUACUCAAGCCUUUAUGUUCGUUUCGUUACGUUACGUUUCGUUUCGUUACGUUGCGUUACGUUCUGUUGUUUGUUUGAUUGAUUCAAGUUUACAAACACAAACAAAACAAGUGAUGUAGUUGUAAGCGGUGGAGCAGGAGAAGCAGCGGCCAUUAAGCUAAGUAUCUUUGUUAAACAAUUUAUAGUAUGUAUGUAUAUGUUUUAUGCUAAAAAGAAAAACAACAAACAAACAAACGAAAAACGUUAAAAUCGAGAGAAAUUCCGUGCCAUUUGUUUUCGUCGCAAUAAGCAAUAACAAUCAAAUCAAAUCAAAUCGGUUAGCAGCAUUUUUGAAAUGUGCAGAAAACAACAAACAGUUUUUAAAUAUAUAUAUAUAUUUACUAAUCAUACACACACCCUUUAUCCAAAGGCCAUCGAAUUCGAAUCGCAAUUGAACAAAAACCAAAAAAAAAUCAUACAACACUUGCAAGCAAAUCCUUAAGAAUCUUCAAAUUGUCUUUAACCUUAAGCCAAAAUCUUCUGCAAAUUUCAUUUGGGCCAAGCGUCAGCUUAAAAUGUUUGUAACAUUUAUUUUUGUAUAACAAUUGAUUU